AUGGAGCGGGCUGUCUCUGCGGGGCUGUCUCUGUGGGACUGUGCUGUCUCUGUCGGAUGGAGCGGGCUGUCUCUGCGGGGCUGUCUCUGUGGGACUGUGCUGUCUCUGUCGGAUGGAGCGGGCUGUCUCUGCGGGGCUGUCUCUAUGGGGCGGGACUCUCUCUGCGGGGCUGUCUCGGAUAGAGCGGGGCUGUCUCUGCGGGUUGCAGAGGGAGAGCCGGGCGAGGGCCGAGAGCCGUUCGAGCUGCCGCGCUUCUGGGACGCGCUAGGUCAGACAUUCCAAGUAACAUCACAGGAAGCUACAAAGCUGAGUCUGGCAUUCUCAAGGCCUCCACUACCUUCUGCAGAGGAUUGCCAGAAGCUGAGUGAGGAUGUCCAAAAUGCCGUUCUUGCAGUUGCCACAGUCUACUACUGGCUACCCAAGGGCCAAGGUACUACUCUUCGGAAGAUGGUUCGAGAUGCUACCACUGAAAUAGUGGAAGGGAUAAUCCAACUCACAGACACAAUUCUCAAUGCCCCAGCGGAGAGCUUAUCUCAGGAACAGCUGAUAUCAACUGGGGGUGUGUGGGAGGCCUGUGAGCAAGUGUCUAACCUGCCACGAGAUAACCAGGCAGCAGUUGUGUCAGCUCUGGCUGCAUAUCUAGGUGUGGUCAAGGAUGCAGUAGAGGAGAUGGAAAAUGCACUGGUGGAAGGGCAGGAUCCCUAUGGGGACAUCAUGGAAGAUGAGGAGCUGGGCUUUCGGGGCAACAGAGACACGUAUUGGUCAGAGGCUGACCGGCAGCUGCUCAGCUCCUGCAUGGGAUUAAUGAAGGCUUCUAAAGCUUGUCUGAAGAAGGUCUUGGCUGCAGUGAAGGCCCAUGGCAAAGCUGAUUCUCCAGAGCAGAUUGCACAGCUGGAUGACCUGGCAGACAUUGCUAAUGAGAUCAGCCCAAGUGUUGAUGAGCUGGCUCUGAGCAUGUACCCACCUGUGAACCCAUUGGCUGUGCGACUCAAUGCUGCUAAGUUGGCCUCAGUAUUAAAGAAAGUCUUAGAGAUUGCAAAGACAAGCCAUGUAUGUCCACCCUCAGAGGAAGGUUGGGUGCAGUUUCUAACUGGUGCAGUAGAUCACAACAUGAACAAAGUCAAGAACUUCACACAGGGUCAGCUUUAAUUCUUCUGUGCCUACGUAUGUUGCUGCCACUGGCUCUGGCAUCUGCAUUUCCAGUGAACUUUGCUGUUCUUCAGCUGCUUGGAAAAUGAUGAGAAAAUGUAGGAGAGAACUUCACUGCUACUUGGAAGAAAUUCUCCAGGAAGUUGACCUUUGCCAUUGCAGAAGGUGUAAUUUUGCUUGGAUUCUUGGGAUUGAUGUGGUGCUGCAUCUUAAUGUGCCCCGUUCUUCAGACAUUAAAACUACUGUGGGGUUCAGAGAAAAAUAAAAUAUUGCUAGAUUUA